AUGCCCAACAUAACGACCACACUUCUCAUUCUGACUGUGCUGCUGGUGCUGCUUCCCCCAGAAGCGUAUGCAUUUGGCGCUGGUGAUAUCCCUGAUUUUGCGUACCUCAACGGCAAAGCUUUCCGUCAUGGAGACAUUGAAGGGAUCCUGGAGGAUCUUGUCAAGGUUGCCGGACAUGCAGGCGGAGGAGGACUGAUGGGAUUCGCACAAUCAAUACUGCAAAGUGCGGCUGGUGGCAAGAAAUUCUCAAGGAGCGACAUCAAGAAAGUUUACUUCGGAAACUGGCUCAGAGACUAUUCCCAGGCUAUGGAUAUUGCUGGCCUGAGUAAGCUUACGGGGGAGACUAUUGUGCUUAUCAUUUCCGUGCUGGGAUUUAUGACAUUUGGGUUCGCGACAGAAGAGUUCCAAGUUACCCCUGAACGCCUUGGUGUAUACUUACCAGUCGAACAUAUUGACAAUCCCAAGGGUUACGCGGAGAAGGAAGGUGAUGCACGUCAAUUCCACCCAAAGCUCAGGCCACCCGUUGAAGAUCGCGAGCUCGAGAUCGAUGAACGUACUGGGAUGAAGAAAUAUAUGGCUUCAGCCAAUGAGGGUUUUGAUACGUCUACUAGCUUCAUCAGGCGCACCCUUAAGGCCUGCAUCGAAAAUGGCCGCCGCGCUGGUGGUCAGGAGGGUGGCGACCUUUGGGAGGCCUAUCGUUUACUUGGCACUGGGCUCCACACUUUGGAGGAUCUCCUCGCUCAUAGCAACUGGUGCGAAAUUGCUCUUGUGAAGAUGGGCCAUAGCGAGGUCUUCUGUCAUGUUGGCGACAGCGUCCGGAUUAGAACACCAAACGGAGAGGCGCCUCCCAUUGUUACUGGUACUUUUGGUGGUGCCGAUUUCCUUCACUCCCUGCUGGGCGAGGCCGGAGAUAAACUGAGUCAAUCGAGUGUCACUGAUCUCUCUGCGAAGAUGGACUCCGCUGCCCAUGACGACAGCGAUGACAAGACGGCCACAUUACACGCCAUCCUAUCAAAACUCCCCAUUGGUGGCGGAGAUGAUAAGGCGAACCAAUCGGAGGAAAUGCAGGCUCAAGCGAAGGCCUACAACUUCGAUCCGGAUAACGUUGCCCCACCCGAGGUCCAGAAAAGACUCUUGGAUAUCCUCAAAUGGCGCGAUGGCGUCUAUCGAGAUGUGGUCAGUAAGAUCGAGAUGGUUCCCGGUUUGGCAGACCUCAUUGACGAAUUGACGAACGCCUUGAACGCUUAUGUCUUCACCGUAUUGGCUCCUUACCUUACGCCAAUCCUACAACAAACCACUGGCGUCCUUAACGAAGGUAGCAAGGCCGUUAUCGAUUCGGAUGAUCAAUUUGCUGUCUUCAAUGAUGACAAUGCCUCGGAUCCCUCUCAUAGUAUGCUAUCAAAGGAUCAUUUUGGACUGAUCCUUAACGAGCCAGCCGGGAAGAUCGCGCAAGUUGUAGUCGAACAUACUGUCAAUCUAAUUGUGCAGGCCUGGGGAGAUGAUAGCGAUCCCGAUCAGGUGUUAGACCAGGUCCUGGAGGCAUUCCAUCACCCAUAUUAUGCCACCGGCCGAUCCGAGAUCCAACACAAGAUGUUCGAAACCAUGGAGCAGUGGUUCGGCGGACUUGGCCCUGAUCUCGAAGGUCAAGUGCUCGAGGCACUCUCUAAGGAAAGCGUGAAGAACGGGAAGAACAAGCGAAUUGGCUCGGACACUGAAGAGAUCGUCGAGCCUGGGUACAGUCGCGAGAGUUACGGCGGCGCUGCCGCGGGCCAUGGUCAUGGCGGCCAGUCGGGCGGCAAUUACGGAGGGUCCCGCAAUGAUGGGGGACGCUAUGGACAGACCGGGGGAUCGUAUAGGCCCCAGCACCACCAAGAAAGUCAGGAAGAAACAUACGGUUCUCGCCAUGAAGGAGGGGACGACAGCUAUGGAUCCAGGAGGACGCACGGUGAAUCAAAUGAGGGUUACGGUGGCUCGCGUCACGAGUCUAGCGGGUACCAACCUUCGUAUCAACGUCCGAGCGAGGAAGAAAGCAGUGGGGGGUAUGGACGCCACAGCGGGUAUGGAGGCAACGAAGAGGAAGAACAGCCUCGUCGCCACCACGGCUAUGGUGGAGGUGAAGAGGAAGAGCAACCCCGCCGUCACGGCUAUGGUGGCGGUGGUGAGGAGGAAGAGGAGCCUCGCCGUCAUUAUGGCUAUGGUGGCGAGGAGGAGGAACACUCUCGCCCUCAACGUGUAUACGGCGGCGAAGACUCAUCGUCGGUUUACGGCCGUUCGCAUCGUGGCGGAGAGGAGGAGUCUUCCGGCUACGGGCGCUCCAGUCACGGGUAUGGAGGCGGGGAGGAAGAAACACCUAGCUAUGGGCGUUCUAGUCAUGGAUAUGGUGGCGGGGGAGAAGAAGAGUCUUCAGGGUACGGUCGGUCCCACCGUGGCUACGGUGGUGAGCCGCAGGAGGAAUCGACUGGCUACGGGCGCCACUACGGAGGUCGCGAGGAAGAAUCCUCCGGCUACGCUCCUAGCUAUGGGAAUAGCGAUGAGACGUUUGGAGCCGAGAGACUCAACCUCAACGAGGAAAGCGAGCAUGGAUAUGGUCGUCGCCACCACCGAAAUGAAGAGGCCGAAGAAGAAAGCAGUUACGGCAGGAGCAACUACGACGAAGGGUACUAA